AUGUCGACACCGACACCAAAAGAUGGCCAACCACCCGCAAAACCUCGUCUGAAGCUCAACGUUAGCCGGUCCUCCUCUUUCGUCGCCGAUGCGAAUGUGACACCUUCAGUCUCGGGCUCGGCUGGUCUAGUUGCACCAACUCCAACUCCGACGGAAGGUCGCAAAGUGAAGCUCAAGAUCGGAAAAUCGCAACCCUCAACGCCUGCAGAACAACCCCCAGUGAAGACGAAAGCUGGCCGACAACCUAAGCCCACACAAAAACUCGUCGAGAGCAAAAAGCGCGCACACGACGAACUAGAUGACGAGCUAAGCUCGGCACAUCCAACAACAAAAAUAAAACUUAAGGCAACGAAGUCAGGGCUCACUCCAACGGUCGUGGUGAAGCCAAAGGGACGCGCACCAGUACAUCCGCCAGGAGAUGGCUAUGACUCAGAGGCGAGCGAUCGGGAGAAGGAUCCAUCGAUAGAGGAACAAUUCGUCCUGAGGAUGCUACCAGGAGAGCACUGUGACUAUGUGCGCUCGUGCAUGGAGAACGGCAAGAUGGGUAUUCCUCGGAGCCAGGGAGGUGCAGACAUACAACUCAAAUUCUUUGAAGAGGAUUCUCGAAGGGCGGUCGUGUCAGUCAGAGGUCAACCGUUUGCCGCUGUUAUGGUGGACCUGCCUACAGUUACAGAAGCGAUGAAGACAUGGGAUCGCAAAUCAUUCCUCAAAUCUGCAGACAUCUGCCAAAUGCUUCUGGUUUACCAGAAAGUUUCCACCGAAGCUGAAGCAAGACAGACACCUCUACCAAGUAUGAUCGACCAACACUUCAAAUGGCCACACGGUCUAACACCGCCCAUGCAUGAUUGUGUGAACCGGCGAUUCGCCAAGACCAUUAGUCGAAAGGAGAUUGAGGACAAAGAAGCAGAAGUCGAACGCCUGCUCGCCGAGGAUGCUAAAGCCGGCUCUACGCGUUGGGAAUGGGUCGACGAGAGCAAAGACGAGGACGAGGAUGGCGGAGAUGAGGAUGCCGAAGGCGAUAUGGAUGAUCAUGAUGAUGGUAUGGACUACUUCCAGAGCCAAGAUGUAUUCGGAGAUGACGACGAUGACCUUGCGGCCGAUCUAGAGGCCGCUUUCGGGGAAAUAGGCGAUGAAACACCUGCUACCGGCAUGGAUGCUACAACACCAAUGACAACCACACAGGCCAAUACCCCCGCGCCACUCCAAGAUAGCAUUGAGUCGGAUGAGUCUGAGGAAGUUUCGGACGAUGAUGAUGAUGACGACGACGAUGAGGAUCUGGACGAGGAUGCUCGAGCCCAGCGCGACGAGGAAAAGGGCGUCAAGUCUUUCAUCAACGACCUGAAGAACCAGCUUACGAACAAGCAAGAAGAACUGGCCCGCACUACAAACAAGAUCCUCCGGAGUCGUAUUGAACAGACCAUCAAGCAACUCAGGGCAGAGAUUGAACUCAAGAACUCGUCUAUCGGUAUCGAGACAGAUGACUGA